AUGUGCCGUUUGAUCUCCGGGUCUCACCACAUUGGCUUCUUCAGCAGCAUCUUCUUCAUGGUUGUCAUGACACUGGACCACUACACGAUCAUUGUGCACACUCACAGGGCUCGCACAAUGAGGGCUUCCAUCAUUCUGAACGUGCUUGUUUGGAUGCUGAGCUUGUUUGUCUCUCUGCCGGAUUUUAUCUUCAGAAAGGCAAAAGAACAGGAAUCCCAAGGGGUGAAGUGUGACUAUCCUGAAGAAAGCGUUAUGAUAUGGGAGCGUUAUGAUUUGUUCACCACAAAUGUGCUGAGUCUCGUGAUUCCCUUGCUGGCUGGGCAAAACGCCACAAUCUGUGAUUACCCUGAGAACGACACAGGCUUUACUCCCACCUGCGUAACUGAAGUAAAGGACUUUAACAAAGUGUUUCUCACCACUCUCUACAGUUUGGUUUUCAUCAUGGGAUUCAUAGAAGAAAACACUGAAUCCCGAGAUUACCUAUAUUUCUAUGAGCUUUCUAACAACACGAGCUUUUCUCCAGCCAACCUAAGUGAUGUAAAGGACUUUAACAAAGUGUUUCUCACCACUCUCUACAGUUUGGUUUUCAUCAUGGGCUUCAUAGGUAAUGGACUAGUGGUGUGUGUCCUGGUGAAGCAUCGCAAUCAGUGCAACCUGACAGACAUCUGCCUCUUCAACCUGGCUCUCUCUGACCUCCUCUUCGUCUUCACGCUGCCUUUCUACUCUCACUAUGCCAGGGUGGGCCAGUGGACCUUUGGAGACUUCAUGUGCCAUUUGAUCUCCGGCUCUCACCACAUUGGCUUCUUCAGCAGCAUCUUCUUCAUGGUUGUCAUGACACUGGACCGCUACAUGAUCAUCGUGCACGCUCACAGGGUUGCACGUUAUCGCACAAAGAGGGCUUCCAUCAUUCUGACCGUGCUUGUUUGGAUGCUGAGCUUGUUUGUCUCUCUACCGAAUUUUAUCUUCAGAAAGGCAAAAGAACAGGAAUCCCAAGGAGUGGAGUGUGACUAUCCUGAAGAGAGCAAAAUAUGGGAGCGUUAUGAUUUGUUUACCACAAAUGUCCUGGGUCUCGUGAUUCCCUUGUUGGUGAUGGUAGGUUGCUACUCCAGGAUCAUCCCCACACUGGUAAACAUGAGGACAGCAAAGAAGCACCGCAUCGUCAAGCUGAUCAUCUGUAUAGUGGUUGUAUUUUUCUUACUCUGGGCCCCAUAUAACAUUUCCCUCUUUCUGGAGUUCCUCCUGGACAAAGAAAUAAUCCCUGAUGAUGAAACCUGGUACAAAAAUGUAAGGCUGUCAAUAAAAGUGACCGAAGCCUUAGCUUACACUCACUGCUGUCUGAAUCCCAUCAUAUAUGCUUUUGUGGGAGAGAAGUUUAUGAGACGAGCCUUGCAGCUGCUGAAAAAGUUGAUGCCUGGUUACAGCAGAGAUCUGACAGACAGCUCAUUCAGGAGGAGCUCAGUUAUGUCCAGGGCCUCUGAAGUCACCUCUGCUUCUUUUAAACUGUAGAAGGUGGAGGGCAGUUGUAAGUAUUUUGUCAUGAAUGUUUCACCCUGUUAUUACUGCAGACCAUGCCAUGGACAAGCGAACUGAAUCAUUUCUUUAACAGGUUUGAUUCAUCCAGGAUGCAGUAUCCAACAUGGGCUGCAGUCUCACCCAGAAUCUUAAUCACCUUUGACUCGAAUGCUCUUCUUUCUUCUGCUCAGGUUAAAUUAAACCUGCUGGUCUGUUAAACCGUACCUGCUGUUUUAUAGCAACCUGUAACAGUUUGCUUACUUCUUCAGACAUCUUUUUUUAGCCUUACAAGCUUGCAGAAACACACCAAAAAGAGCAUAAAACUAUUUCAGUCUUGAUGUGCACACUGUCUUACUGUUAUUCACAUU